AUGUCAAUUAAAAUUAAAUCUGUGACAGAUAUAAUUAACAAAUAUGACCAUUUUAUUUUUGAUAUGGAUGGUGUGAUAGUAAAAAUAUAAUUUAAAUAAAAAAGUGGACUGGUGGAUAAUUUAUAGAAAGUGGAGUUAAGGGAGUAAAGAGUUUAAUUGAGAAAGGAAAAUCAGUAUAUUUUUUGACAAAUAAUUCAACGAAAAGCAGAUAAUCUUAUUUUGAAAUAUUGUCAGGUAUAGAUAUAAAAACAGAUUUGAAUCACAUAUAUUCAAGUUCAUAUUUAACAGCAGUUUAUUUGAAGAUGAAUAAUUAUAAAAAAGCCUUUAAUUUAGGAGUGAUUGGAAUAACAGAAGAAUUAUCAGCAUAGGGAAUAAAAACAAAAGACUCUGAAGAGUUUAAAAAUAAUCAAUAUGUUACAUAUGACAUAUUUAAUAGUAUUAAACCAGAUGAAGAUAUUGAUUGUGUAGUUUCUGGUCAUAAUCCAUAAUUUAAUUACUAUAUGCUUUGUUAUGCAAGUUUGUGUAUUUAAAAGGGAUGUAAAUUUGUUGCUGCUAAUCCUGACAGUUAUAUAAAAGUAUAGAAUCGAUUGAUGCCAGCAGGAGGAUGCAUUUAAGCAAUUUUAGAGAGAGCAACAGGAGAAAAAUCUCUACUGAUAGGAAAACCAUCAUCUACAGCUCUAGAAAUAAUAAUGAAACAAAAUAAUAUUGAAGAUAAAUCUAAGAUAGUCAUGAUUGGAGAUAAUCCUGAAACAGAUAUUGAAUUUGGAUGGAAUUGUGGAAUAGAUACUAUUUUAGUAACUACAGGUGUUACAAGCUAAGAAUAAGCUGAACAUAUAAAAACGACCUAUGUAUGUGAUCAUUUAUAUAUAUGA